UGUUUUGAUGAUAUUUAUUUACACUCGAACAUCUUUCAAUUAUUUUGAAUGGAUUUACCCGAUUUAUUUAAUUUAGAUCAAAAAUUCAAUGAUGAAAAUGAAAGUAAAUGAACGUUGUCUAAUACAAAUCGCUCAAUCAGAUGAUCAAAAUCCUAUUGAUCAAUGUGGCUGGUUACAACAAUGGAUGGAUGAAAAGAAAUUAUUUCAACGAAAAUGGUUUGUAUUGAAAGAAAAUCUAUUAUUCUAUUAUAAUCAACGUAAUGAUCGUGAACCGUCCGGUCUAAUCAUAUUGGAUGGAUAUCGUGUUGAAAUUAUUGAAUGUUUAGAUGAUGAUCGAUUUCCAUUUAAAAUUGAUUUCGGUAUUAGCCGUGUUACCGGUAAACCAUUAAAAUCAUUUAUAUUGGCUGCCGAUAAUCAUACCGAUAUGGAACAAUGGAUAAAAGCAUUAAGUUGUGCAUCAUAUGAUUAUCUUAAAAUGGUCGUAUCCGAACUUGAACAUAGACUUGGUGAAAUUGAUCAAAAUGAAAAAACAAUAUCAACAACAUCAUCUGACAAUAGUAAUGAUGAUGAUCAUUGUAAAUCGAUUUCAAGUCCAAUUCUAUCAAAUGAUUCAAAACAACAACGUUUCAAUCCGUUUGAUGAACGGCUAGAUGAUAGUGGUCAAGAACAACAAUUAACAUUUGCCGAUCUUCAUGAACGAUAUGGACAACAAAUACGAAAAUGUUUUCAAUAAGAAUAAUAAUUCAUUUUUUUCUGUUAUUGAUUAUUGAUUAUAUUGAAUUUAAAAAAAAAUUGAAUAAAUUAUCGAAUUUUUGU